AUGGGUUCUUGGUUCAUUCAGGGCUGUGUGCUACGUAGUAAGGUGGCCUCGAGGCCGCUACAAUAUUCGACUCAGGCGCAUCAGCAGCUUCCACUGUCGCUCAGUAGCAUCAACGUUGCGGGACAGGGCAUGAAGGCUAAUAAACUGCUCAAAAAGCUUGGUUUGAAACUGAAAGCUGGGGAAUUGCAGCUUGUGAAACUAGCCGAAAAUUGCGAUGGCGGGAUUAACAGUGACAGAUCUUUACCAAUGACCGAAUUUCCCAAGCAGAAGAUCUUCAUCGAAGUUGCUAGCGAUAAUGGCAUAGCUGCCUGGAGAAAAGGUAUCGUGAAAUGGUUUCGACUGGGUGUGCAUAUGAUGAAGUACUACAAAUAUGGCCUGCAAAAUACUUAUAGAGUGGCCAAAGAUACAAAAUACCUUAUAGCGGAUAAAGAUCUCGAUUCCAAAACACCUCUAGCGACGCAAAUGGCCAAGUUAAUUGAGUUCAACGAAAUUCGAGCCCGAUUGAACAAGGCUCCCAAUAGUCUACCUUUAACUAGAAAGCAAUUUGUGGAAUAUUAUAGGCGAGGUCAGGUUUGGAAGAUUCCGACGUUCUUUUUGAUAGCUCUGGUGCUUGAAGAGCUCACUGCAGUGAUAUGUUAUUUCUUUCCCAAGGUGGCUCCUCACAAUUGUCUGACACCAGGUGGCUACCUCAAGAUCAGUCGAUCCCACGCCAACAUUACUGAUCUCAAGGAUCCUGCCAAGUACAAGUCACCCUAUAAUCUGGCUAAGAAACAGCUAUUCCAAAUUCUGCGAACAUCACCGAUAAUUCAAACUCCGAGCUGGAGGUUGAGAGUUUAUGCAUUGAUUGAUAACAAAAGGCAGCCCUGCGAAACGUUGGUGCAAAUCCACCAAUACUUGUUUGUUGAUGAUUGGCUGCUGCUGAAGAGUAUUUUAACUGGAAAGGAAGCUCGACUAAGUUACCGAGAAUUGGUUAAUUGCAUAUGGGAAAGACAACUAUAUUCGAAAGAUGAAGAUCUAAACAAAAUGGUUAAUGAUGACACGGGAAGGCGGAUACUGAUUUGGAGGUUAUUUUUGUAUUGGUCUUUUAGGUUCGACAAGACAGUUACUGUUGGCGGCGAUCAACUGUUCUCUGAAAAAUGGGGAGUCAACAAUGUUUCGAUCUUGAACCACACGGGUCUUGACGGACGUCAAUUACUGGGAGUGAAAGGUCUAUCAGCUUUAGAAGAAAAUGUGUAA